AAAAAAAAAUCAGAAAGCUAACGAAAAAAAAAAAAAACAAUCUAGCAACAGAAGAAGCUUCGAGAAGACGAUGGCGACGGAGAUGAACGAGAAUCUGAUCAACUCUUUCGUAGAGAUAACUUCUUCAUCAAGAGAAGAAGCUACUUUCUUCCUCGAAAGUCACCGUUGGAAUCUAGACGCUGCCGUUUCAACUUUCCUCGAUAACGAUGCCGCCGCAGCCGCAAUCGCCGAACCAAACCCUACCGGACCACCACCGAUUGCCGCUGCACAAUCUCCUUCUCAAUCUCACUCUCCCGAUUACACUCCUUCUGAAACCUCUCCUUCUCCUUCGCGAUCACGAUCUCCUUCUCCGUCUUCUCGCGCUGCUCCCUAUGGUCUCCGAUCGAGAGGCGGUGCUGGAGAGAGUAAGGAAAGUGAUAAUCCGUCGGGGAGUCGGAGUUCUAGGAGUCGUCAACACGCUGGGAAUAUCCGUACGUUCGCCGAUCUGAACCGUUCUCCGGCUGAUGGUGAGGGCAGUGAUUCCGAUGAAGCCAAUGAGUAUUAUACUGGUGGACAAAAGAGUGGGAUGAUGGUACAAGAUCCUAAGAAAGUGAAAGACGUUGAUGAACUAUUUGACCAAGCUAGGCAAUCAGCUGUAGACAGACCUGUUGAACCAUCAAGAGCACCUUCUACAAGCUUCACUGGAGCUGCACGAUUGUUAUCUGGUGAAGCUGUUUCGUCUUCUCCUCAGCAACAACAGCAAGAGCAGCCUCAAAGGAUUAUGCACACCAUCACUUUCUGGUUGAAUGGUUUCACUGUUGAUGAUGGUCCGUUAAGGGGGUUUACUGACCCUGAAAACGCAGCUUUUAUGAAUAGCAUCUCAAGGUCAGAGUGCCCCAGCGAACUCGAACCAGCAGAUAGGAAGAUCCCUGUUCAUGUCGACCUUGUCAGGCGUGGAGAAAAUUUCACCGAACCACCAAAGCCCAAGAAUCCAUUCCAAGGUGUAGGAAGAACCCUAGGAGCCAGCGGAUCUGGUUCAAGUUCAGCACCACAAGCUUCAUCCGCCCCAAUGAACGCAGCACCAGCACCAUCAAGAGGGCUAGUUGUAGAUCCAGCAGCACCGACAACCUCUAUCCAGCUCAGAUUAGCAGACGGAACACGCCUUGUCUCCAGGUUCAACAACCACCACACCGUCAGAGACGUACGUGGGUUCAUCGACGCUUCAAGACCCGGUGGCUCCAAAGAGUACCAGUUACUAACCAUGGGGUUCCCUCCUAAACAAUUGACAGACUUGGACCAAACCAUCGAGCAAGCUGGUAUUGCUAAUGCCGUCGUCAUCCAGAAAUUCUAGACUUAUAUUAAUCAUCCCUUCGAUUUAUGUCUCUCUUUUAUUUUGCUUUUAAGUGUUUUUGAACCUUAUCGUUGACUCAACUAUUUAGUCAACGAUCCAAAGGCUUUGGAUUUUCGUAGAUUCAUCAACUCUUUUCUUCAGAUUUAAUCACUUUAGCAGUUUAGCUUUUGUAUAAUUAUUUAUUUCAUCGCUUCUAUCGACUCAACCACCAAUAUCUUUUUUAGACAGAAUAAUCGAAAAAAAGAUUA